AUGACGACCACUACGCCUUCUUCACUUAAUAUAAUUCAAAAUCGUGUAACUACGAGUACGUUAAAACCAUUUGAAACAGCUACACGUCAAUUAGCACUAGCAUCUUUACCAACAAUUUCUAAAGUAUUACCUGUUGUUACUGGUUUAUUAACCAGUUUAGAACCAUCAUCAUUUGCUCCACAAACUAUUCAAAAAUUAAAAGAUACAUUGAGAAGUGCUUUAAAAGUACGUGUUUUAUGA